AUGAACACCAAAGAUUUUAUAGUUUUACCAUGGGGAAAACCUGGAAAUUCAGUAAAAUUAAAAUAUAAAAAUUCUCAGGAUUUGAAAAUGGAGAAAGUACAGUUAGAGUUGGAGAAUCAAGAGAUGGAAAAAACACUACAGGAAUUCCAGUCAAUGAGGAGCAAAGAAAAGGAAGAAAGACCGUCAAGUGGAUAUUACUGGAAAUCUGGACACAUGGCAAAAUUGGGAAAUCAAUCACAUUUGAUAUCACAAAAUAAAGGAAAUGUUAAGCUUUCUGCUGGAAAAGUGAAAUUGAAAUUACUGAAAGAACAGCUUCAAGAGCCAAUGAAACAACUUAAUCAUAAAAUGACAAGUACUCCUCAAAGUGAAAAAUCUUUGAUAAAAGGAAAAUAUUGUGGACAAUGUGAGAUCAAAGCUGCUCUACUAAUAUGCCUUGAAUGUGGUGAAGAUUAUUGUUCAGACUGCUUUGCUAAAAUUCACCAGAAGGGGGCACUAAAACUCCAUAGAGUAUCUCCUUUGCAGGACAAAUCUCAAAGAUUAUCCAAUGUACUAGAUGUUGCACAUCAGUUUAUUAAAGAAGAUGAUCCAAAUGAAUGCAAAAAACAUCAUUUUUCUAAGGAGAUUAGUAAAAAUCAUCAUAAAACCGAAUCUUUACUUUUGCAGGGAAUGAGCUCGAAGGUAGAAGUUUCAACAGCAAUAGAUACAGGGUAUAAAACUCCUAAAGAGAGACUUUUGUGUGAAGAGUUAUCUGAUGAGGAAGCUUCUGCCCAGUCCAUUCAGGAGUCUUUACAUCAGUGGAAAACUGCACAGCAUGAUGAGGAUAGGAAACUAAAUUUACAAGUAACAAAACCAGAAUCACAGGAAGUAUGUGAGGUGCAAACUGAUCUGAAAAUUUGGAGAGAACCACUGGAAAUCAAGUUUAAAGAAGACAGUUUAUCCUAUAUGGAAAAAUUAUGGCUUAAGAAAUACAGAAGAACUCCACAGGAAAAAUUUCAAGAUACGAUACCGGAUACAUUCAUAACACCAUGUAAAACUACUAGUGAAACACAGUGUCCUCAUAAUGAGAGUAAAGAAAAUAGCGAUGUUGAAGGGAAGAAACUGCAACAUCAAGCUAGUUUUCUGCCUGAGGAGGAGUUAAAAAUAGAGAGAUCUGAACCAACUCUAAAAAUAAUUGAGCUCAAUGAUACUUCUGAAGAAGAAUUCCAAGAAAUGGGAAAUAUUGUGCCUUACAAAGUUGAAUUAGCUGAUACAGACUGCCAACAAAGUUAUACAUUUCAUGAUUCUAGGAAUACCUUUCUACAUGAAAAUGACAUUCUCCAUCGACAUGUUUUCAUGAAAACAGACCUUUUACAUCUUCAUCUGAGCAGCAGAUUUUCUUAUUGUAAAGAUAACCCAAAAGGAACUUUAAAUAUAGAUUUUAACAACUCUAUAUAUCCUGAUGUUUUUUCUCCUACCAUUGUAAAAAUAGAGGAAAAUGAAUUGUUUGAAAGAAAUAUUGAAGAUAAAUGUAUACAUAUUAAAGAAAACCAGAGUUCUGAGGAUUCCCACAUAUUACAUGAGAGAAAGGAUUUAUUGCAAGAUACAACUUUAACAAAACCUUCCAUAAGGGAGAAAUUACCUGAAGAUACCAAGGAAUCCUUGAAAAUUAGUAAUAUAUAUGAGAGGCCAAACAUUGAAGAGUCUAAAACUACAGAGUCACCACUGUUGUUACAUAAAAUAUAUCCCAGAAGUAAGUCUGUGACUGAACAACAUCAAGAUCAAGAAGCUGAAAUAUUCCUUAACUUUGACAAAAAUGAAAGACUCAACUUAUUUCCUUCUCAUAGCUUGGAAUGCAGCUAUUCUAGUACUAGGAUUACAACUGCAGGAGACAGAGAAUGGUUCCCAGACCACAGCAUAAGUACAUGUGCUGACAAUGCAGUUGCUUUGGAUGUUUUUCAGAGCACUCAGAAUGCAUCAUCAAGUAGAACACAGAAGAAGAUGGUUGAUAAUAACCAGAAGGCUUCAAUACCAUAUUGA